AUGUCUGUGGUCUAUAUUAAUCUCUUUCUAGCCUUUACUAUAUCCUUAAUAGGGCUACUCAUCUAUCGAUCCCAUUUAAUAUCCUCCCUAUUAUGCUUAGAAGGCAUGAUGCUGUCACUAUUUGUUAUACUAGCAGUAACAAUCCUAAGUAACCACUUCACACUAGCCAGUAUGACUCCAAUCAUUCUAUUAGUAUUCGCUGCCUGUGAAGCAGCGUUGGGGCUUUCUCUGCUAGUAAUAGUCUCUAAUACCUAUGGAACUGACUACGUACAAAAUCUUAACCUCCUACAAUGCUAA